AUGCGACAUGGGGUUUUGUCAGUUACAUCACGGCCGGGAGCCCCGCAAGGCUCCUUCUCCCUCAGUAUUUCAUUGAACGGGGAUGAGAUUGAAGAGGAGGCGACUCGUAUCCUUGGUAUUGGAGGUGCAAAUGCGAAGCGCGAUAGUCCUGGUGAUAUCUGGGUUGGAGUGGCAACAUCGAUGAUCUUGCAUGACAAGGUGAUAACCAUGCAAGUUUCGCUCUCCUUAAACUGGAACGAGACACCGUCACCAUACUAUCCGUUACCAAACUCAAACGAUCGAAAACGAACGCGACAGAUUAUCGACUCCAUUUUCCCAGACACCGAGGGCGAGGAUCCGUCGGCAUGGUCGCCUAUGGACUUUUAUGAGGCGGCGCAUGUACCACCAAAGGAUGACAAAGUCGCUCUAAAUAUUGACGUUCCCGGGUUAGAGUCAGAAUUGUUUCCGUACCAGAAGAGAACGCUGCAAUGGCUUUUGGCAAGAGAGGGUGUGCGAUGGUCCCAGGCAAAAGCUAGGCUAGAGUCGACUGCGGUGGAUCAUCAUUCAAUCUCAAUCGACAGCUUCCGCACCGUUCAGGAUGCUGAUGGAAGAACUGUAUUUUUGAGUGAUGUGUUUCAAACCAUCACUAGAGAUAAAAGCUCGUACAACCGGGCAGACAGGUUCGUGAAAGGUGGUAUAUUGGCAGAGGAGAUGGGACUUGGCAAGACCCUUGAGAUCUUGGGGCUCAUCCUCCUACAUAGUCGUGUAGAACAUCAAGCUCAGCAAAACGGACUUAAGACGGACGGUCUUGCUACUACUGGAGCUACCUUGAUUGUCACUCCCGAAUCAUUGCGACAACAGUGGAUAUCAGAGAUCGCACGGCAUGCCCCGGGCCUGCGGGUAAAGCACUAUCAAGGGUGCAAGAAAAUGAAGGACGGAGACGAGGAAACAAUUAUCGAGGAACUCUGUGGGUACGAUGUUGUUAUUACAACAUAUUCCGUGCUCUCCGCCGAACUGCAUUUUGCAUUUGAACCUCCUCAGCGAUCCCGUAGAUACGAGAGAGCAUACCCUCGAACGACAUCCCCUCUCGUCAGGAUAGCGUGGUGGCGGCUGUGCCUCGACGAGGCCCAGAUGAUUGAGAAUGGAUACAGCCAAGCAGCCUCCGUUGCGCGGGUCUUGCCUCGCAUGAAUGCAUGGGGCAUCACCGGCACGCCAGUCAAGGAUGAUGUAAAGGAUCUUUUCGGCCUCUUGCUCUUUCUAAGGUAUGAGCCAUAUUGCUCCGCAUCACAGGUCUGGCAAGCACUUAUUACAAACCAUAAACCUCUGUUUAAACAAAUAUUCAACUCAAUUUCAUUACGACACACCAAGAGUAUGGUGCGGGACGAGAUCUUACUUCCUGCUCAAAAAAGAUUCGUCAUCAGCAUGCCCUUCACAGCCGUUGAAGAACAGCAUUACCAAUCCUUAUUUAAAGAAAUGGCCGAUGGAUGCGGCCUCGAGACGGAUGGGUCUCCAAAGGCAGAUGACUGGGACCCCGAAGAGCACUACGACGACAUGAGAGUUUGGCUGAACCGGCUGCGCCAGACUACAUUGCAUCCCGAGGUUGGCAUAUACAAUCGCCGCUUGCUGGGUUAUAACAAGGCGCGCCCAAUGAGGACUGUUGAUGAAGUGCUGACCGCUAUGCUGGAACAAAGCGAAAAUACUAUCAGGACAGAGGAAAGGGCAUAUUUGUUGAGCCGGCUGACUCGGGGCCAGAUGUAUGAAAACAGCCCGCGUGUGAAGGAGGCAUUGGUGCUAUGGGAGGAUGUAAGACAAGAAACUGAAAGACUUGUUUCAGAUGCCAGGACAAAACUCAAGGAUACAAUCCGAGAGCAUGGCGGAGAAGAGGCAGUAAAGAAGGCUGAAGAAGUCGACCAUGCUCGCGAUUUGUCGGACACGGAUGACGACGAACAAGACGAGCUGGGAACCAAGGGUAAAAUUGGAGAGUGUCGCCGACGACUUCGUUCAGCCUUGGAAUUGCAUCACAAAGCCGUCUUCUUUUGCGCCAAUGCUUACUUUCAAAUCAAAGACAAUAAAGACUUGACGCAACCAGACUCUGAAGAGUUUCAGAGGCUGAAAAAGCUCGAAGAUGACGGAUAUAAUGCCGCAAAAGUAUUGAGAAGAGAGAUCCUGGGGGAGAGUAACCGCAAAGCGACGCGGCUUAUGAAUAGGAUUGCCCGCAAAGCCGCCACUCGAACGUUUGUAAAUAUACCCGAGCUUUCUACAAUUCCUGAAAAGGGAAUUGAAAGUAGCCGAAUUGUCGAUGACCUCGACAUACUAUACGGCGAAUUGAACGAGCAAGCAGAUAUCAUUGACGGGUGGCGUGAAGAAGUUCUUCAACUACUUUUAAAACCAUUGGUUGACGAAGACGAAGACGUCGAAACCACUGGAGAAGAGCUUGGCGACUCUGCCAAGUUCCAAGACUUGCUUAUGGUCUAUGUUACCACCUUGCGAGCUGCUAUUGCCGAUCGUCAAGACGCAAUCUCUGGCCAAACGAAUGAAUUGGCCAAGCACGAAACCGAAACUUCCCUCCGGCUGGCAAGGGCCGGUGAGGGUCCAGCGCCGGUGAAGAUGGUCCAAAUGCUUCGGCUGAGGGCAGAAAUUAAACCCAAGAUGGCCCAUCUAUCCAUGAGAGGUGCCGUAAGCGAGUUCCGUGGCCUGCAAUCCCGGCUGUCCCGCGACAACACUACUACGAGCCGUGAGGCCGUGGAGUUCAAGAUUGCUUCGGACCAGCUGAAGGCUACUCAAAGCCAGAUCAACGAUCAAAACAAAGUGGCAACGGCACUGGAAUCGGAAAUUGAAAGUUUCAAAGUGGCAAUGAAUGCGAGACUGGAGUACUAUCGUCAGCUGCAGGCAGUUUCGGACGCCGUGCUCCCUCUGGAAGGACCCAAAGACGACAACGCGAUCAACAAGCUGAAGCAGACAGAAGAUGAGCUGCGUCGAAAACUGUCUUCGGCCGAAGCGAAACAUAGAUACCUCUUGAACUUGAAAGAAGCGGGUGCCAAGUCAAAUGAGCCCCGAAUGUGCGUCAUUUGCCAGACGCCUUUUGUCACCGGCGUCCUGACCGUCUGUGGCCACCAGUUCUGCAAGGAAUGCAUGACGCUGUGGUUCAAAGCCCAUCACAACUGCCCCGUGUGCAAAAGGGGCCUGAAGCCAUCUAACCUGCACGACAUCGCCAUAAAGCCGCAGCAGUUACAGAUUCGCAGCGAAGGCGCCAAUGAUCAGGGAGGCUCGUUGCCGCGGCGGGUGGCUGGCAGCUCGCCAAAAAAGACGGCAAUCUACUCCGAGUUCAACGCGGACAAAUUGGCCGAGAUUAAAAACGUGGAACUCGACGGGCCGUCAUUCACGACCAAGGUUGACACCCUUGUGAGGCACCUCCUCUGGUUGAGAGAGUCCGACCCCGGUGCCAAGUCGAUUGUGUUUUCCCAAUAUCGCGACUUCCUGCACAUCUUGCGCAACGCAUUCAGACGGUUCCGCAUCGGCCACGCCUCCAUCGACGACGUCAACGGCAUUGCUAGCUUCAAGGAAGACCCCGCCGUCGAAGUAUUCCUGCUUCAUGCGCGCGCCCACUCGAGCGGGCUCAACCUCGUCAACGCGAGCCACGUCUUCCUGUGUGAGCCUCUGCUCAACACGGCGCUCGAGCUGCAGGCCAUUGCGCGGGUAGACCGUAUCGGGCAGCAGCACGAGACUACCGUAUGGCUGUACCUGGUGUCCGGCACCGUCGAAGAGAGCAUUUACAAUCUCUCGGUGCAGCGACGCAUGGAGCACAUGGGCCGUCGGGGCGCCGGUGCAAAAGGCGCGGCCACGCCGGAACUGCUGGAUGCGAAUAUCGAGGCGGCGAACACGCUUGAGCUGGAGCACGCGGCGCUUUCCAAGCUCAUGAGCAAGGACAAGUCGGCGGGUGAGGUGGUGGACAAGGGCGACCUGUGGGCGUGCCUCUUUGGGCAUGUUGGUCUGGAGGACGGCGGCGGCGAGAGGGAUUGCAGGCUGCAGGAGCAGGCCGUGAUGAGCUAUUUGGCUGGGGAGGCGGCGGAGCGGAGACGCGAUGAGUGA